CCACUGACUGGGACUAUCCUCCUCUCAUCUCCGCUGCUCAGCACAAGUCACCACCGGACAACAACGUAACUCACUCUGUGAGUUGGAAAGGAAACGGCAGCAUGAAUCAGAAAUCAGAAUCGAUCAAACUGAGCUCCAGGGUGACGAUCAUAACACUUACUCUGGCCUUUGGUUUGUGCUUGAUGUCCAUAUGCAAAGCUAAGCAGAUUUUUCCAUUGAGAAGUGACAAUUUGUCCCUGCAGAAGAGAUCAGUAGGAAAAAUCAGUGUGAACCCACGCUCACUUAAUUGUUCGAGCCCAAUAACACCUGAAAUGACCUUGAACGUUUUGCUGCCAAUCAAUUAUCAUGAAGAUAUGUUGGACAAGUGUUUGAGUGAUGAAGUGCUGAAGAACAAUCUCACACAGCUUGGAAAUUUAGCCUUUAGUAAAGGUCAACUUCAUAUUCUGAAGAACAGAUUGAAUAAGCUGGAACCAGAUGGGCUAACGGAAGACAUCAUUAAUAAACUUGGGUUUAUAAUCACCGUGUACUCCGCCGAAGAGAUGACCAAGUGGAAAAUAACCAACCCAGACACACUGGCCGCUGUACUCCAAAACACUCCAACUCCAGAUCUGGUUGGUAUCAUUGUUUCAAACUAUUACCAAGGACCUGGGGUGUUGAAUGUGACUGCGUUAAAUGCAAUCCAUGGUCCAUUGCUGUGCACUGCCAAUGAAACCAAGCUCAGAACCAUUCUGCCCGCUGACCUGAGGAGUGCGGAGCAACUGGAUAUCACCACUUGCACUCAGCCAAAGAAAGACAUUCUUUACAACAUUGCAGCGGACCAGGACCAAAUUGGGAGCCAGAACUUUUACAACCAGACCAAGCCAUACCUGGGUGGUGCACCGGCAACUGAUUUACAGCGUUUAGCUGCAGCAAAUGUCAACAUGGACAUUGAGACGUUCAAGAAACUCAACCCAGUCGAAGCGGUUAAACUUUCUGCUCAGGAAGUGCGGGACUUACUUGGAGUAAACCUUCCCAAACUGAACGAGAAUGAAUCUGACCCAUUAGUGCAGGCCUGGAUUAGAACCCACAGCCAAGCAGAUGUGCGGAGCCUGGGAGUCGGGCUGAGUGGAGGAAGGCCAUCAGAACAAGAAUUUGAACUUGGCCAUUUUGAUUUUGCAGAAGGCAAAAAUUCAGCUUCAAGCAACAACUUUGGCCUGCUACUCUCUGUCCUCACCGGUGUGAUAACUAUCUCAACACAAAGACUGCUGUAAAUUGGAACACAGCCAACCAAUGCUUUCGACUGUCUGUACUAAAUCUAAAGGCAUGUAUCUGAACUCUGCAUCAAGAACCUCGUACUGCAUAUUAGUAAAUGUCUAAAAAAAAUUAGAGCAUCGCUAGAGUUAGAUCAAUUUAAUUUACACUUACUUCUGACAAGAUUCUUAGACAAUGUGACUUACACACAAACAUAAAUCAUUAUAUAUCAUGAGUUAACAUCAACCUAGUUCCAGAAUGAGGUACAAUAUCAAUGUAUGGGACAGGUUUUACCUUCUCUGUUAGAGCUAAACUGAAACUGCUGGGGGGAGAAAUUCCACCUUUGUCUACAUUGAUGGAAUUAUUCCUGGAGGAUUUAGAGUGUCCAGAAAUUGGCAAAUUGUUGAAUUCAGUUUGAAUUUUGAUUUCGGUUUUCUAUAGUUCUUAAAAGAAGCUUACAGAAAACUGGCUUCAAAAUUAAGGUUAUGUUUAAGAAUUUGCCAAAAUGCUGCAGUUAAGUUAGACCCAGUUGAUAUAACGAGGCACUGUGUCAAAUGCAUGGAUUAAUAUUAUAUAGGAAGGAAAUACUGAAUACAAUAAAUUAUAGUGCAACAUGGGGCAUUUAUGUAAGUUGGAAUCUAGUGGAUGAUUUGUGUGAAAUAAAAUAAACAUGUUGUCAGUAGACAGUGCUUUGGUGCAAAGCUGGCUGCAGUCUACUGACUAUUUUAUAGAUAGUUGUAAUGACUGGGUAUCUACUGCUCUAGUGUCCUGCUAUUUAUGUUAUUUAUUAUGUGAGUUUUCAAGGUGUUUUUUCCUCUUUCCUAGAUAAUAUUGUUAAAAAACUAUAAAUUCUAUUUUUCAAUAAAAAUAUA